AUGCUUAAUAAUGGAUCUUCUUCUACCCUAAAAGAUUUUGAUACAUUAGGAAAAUUAGGAUAGGGUAGUUUUGGUGUAGUGUAUAAAGUAAAAAGAGUUGUAGAUGGAAAUGUGUAUGUCAUGAAGUAAAUAAACAUCAGUAAAAUGAAUAGCAGAAUGAAACAGGAUGCAAUUAAUGAGGUUCACAUUCUCUCAAAGUUGAAUAACCCAUAUGUAGUUAAAUAUUAUGAUUCCUUCGUUGAUAAAAAUUUGUUAUGCAUUGUAAUGGAAUAUUGCGAUAGCGGUGAUCUAUCUUCUUUUAUUAAAAGCUAACUAGGAAGGCCAUUAUAAGAAAUGAAAAUAUGGAAGUAUUUCAUUAUGUCUUGUAUGGGGCUAGAUUAUAUUCAUAGGAAAAAAAUAUUGCACCGUGAUAUAAAGGCAAUGAAUAUUUUUUUGAAUAAAGAUGAUAGUUUACGUAUUGGUGAUUUGGGAGUUGCAAAAGUAUUGUCUGAUCAAGGAAAUUUUGCCAGUACUAUGGUAGGAACACCUUUUUAUUUAUCACCAGAAAUGUGUGAAGAAAAACCAUACAAUGAAAAAUCUGAUAUUUGGAGUUUAGGAUGCGUUUUGUAUGAAUUGUGCACUUAUCGUCACCCUUUUGAAGCACAGAAUUAAGGAGCUUUAGUUUUAAGAAUCAUAAGAGGCAAAUAUAAUCCAAUACCUACAAGUUAUUCGAAAGAUUUAGUAAGCAUGGUUGAUAUGUGUUUAUGUAAAGAUUAUAAGAAAAGACCAAACGCAAGAGAUAUUUUGUAAACUUAAAUUGUAUUAGGAAAAGCAAGCUAAUUAGGGAUUGAGCUAGACUACACAAAAGUGAAAUAAAAAGAAUUAAAUUAUUAAUAGAAAAAAGAAGGAUCAGUAAGCGUGCCUACUACAGUACCUUCAACUCCUUCAUCAAAUAAAAAUCUUAUAGAUAAAUAAAGAGAAAAAAAUAAUGCUCUCCUCAAUCCAAAUAAUCAAAAUAAACCAAUAAGCCACAGCCCUUCCUCUCAUAAUGUUUAAGCUGCUGCAUAAUAAAAAGCCAAAGAUGAUUUAAUAAAAAAAAUGCAAUAAGAUGAAAGGGAUUUAAAUAAAAAAGUAGAACAAAAACUAAUUUAAUAGAAUUUAUAACAAAUAUAAAACAAUGAUAAGAAGUAUAAAGACAGAAUCUAAGAAUUAUAUAAAAAGGAGGAAUAAUUCAAACUGUUACAAAAAUAAGAACUAGAAAGAUAAAAAAAUACAGAGUAAGUUCUCUAGAUGUAAAAAAAGAGAGAAGAGUAAAUGAAAAAAGAUGAAGAAAGAAAAUUAUUAGAAAAAAAGAAAAAAGAGGCUGAAAAGAAAAAAGAGGAAGAAGAGUUAAGAAAAAAAAAAGAACUCGAAAAGUAGAAAUAGGAAAAGGCAGCUGCAGCAGCUUUGUCUCAGCAAUAAUAAUUAGUAAAAGAAAAGGAAGACUAAAUCAAAAACGAAUUUAAAAUUAGAUAAAAUGGAUUUGAUCCUAGAGUAAAUCAAGUUUCUUAAUAGUAGCAAGUAAGUAAGGUUGAAAGAACUUCACCAAAGCAAUCAGAUAGCAAAAAGUAGCUGUUUGGAAAUUAAAUGCCUAACAAUUUCAAUAAAUAGGUAUAAUAAGUUCAACAACAGCUUCCUUCUCAAUUUGGUUACCAAAAACAAUAAGUUGAAAAGAAAAAAGAAAUCAUUUCUGAAAGAAAAGAGUCUAUCAAACCAAAAGAAGACGAUAGAAAGAAUAUUUAAAGAAUUAGAAAAGGAGCUCCUACUGGUCUUGGAAAUAUUGCCAAAAACCCUUUAAGCUAUGGGUAUAAAGAUGUCAGACAAUCAAAGGAUGGAAGACCUUCAGAUUUCAGUUAUGAAUAAGAUUAAGACAGACAAGAAGUUUAUAACUUACCUGAUAAUGUCCACAAGUAAAGAAAUGCACCUAAAUCAGCACAACCAUACAAGCCAACUGUAAAUGAUCUUAGAAAUAUUGCAAACUCAGGAUUUGAAGAAAAUACCUCUAAAAUUUCUUCUCAAAGAGGAUCAGUUAUGUCUAACUAGACAUCAAAAUCAUAAAAUGACUAAAGAAUCGUUGAGCAAAAGAGACUUAAUAGACCAGAAUAAGGAAAAUUACCAUCAGUUGAAAGCUUUGAUAGUUCUUUUGAAGAUAGUCCUAAUAAGCAUAUUAGCGUACAGAGCGCUAGCAGUCUUCAAAAAUAAACAUAAGAAGAUAAGGAUAUGUAAAAUGCUGUUUUAAAUUAAGAUUUAAAUAGACCUCACACAGGUUAGUUAAAAGAAAAGCUGCACUAUAAUAAACCUUUUGUGGAUAAAGAAAUUACGGAAAAAUAUGAAAAAGAGUUACAAAAACAAAAUAAAUAAAAUAUCUAAUAAAUUGUAAAUGAUAGCUUUAUUGAUAAGGAGUUUUGUUCCUCUUCAGACGAUGAUAAAAAGAGUAAAUAAAAUAUUAAAAAAUCAGAUAAAAAAUAAAAUUUGGAAAACACAUAAUUCGAAUUUAUUCCUGUCCCUAAAGCUAAAGAAUUAAAAGAUUGGAAUAAUAAAAUUUAAUUAGAUAAUAGUGAACAAUAAUAAUAAUGCUCUGAAGAAGAAGAAGAUGAUAAUAAGCUUGGAGAUGAAUAUUUUAAAAGCCAAACUAUUAAUCGUGGCUAGUUGGAUUUACCUGAUGAUAUGGGUGGAGCUGAUGAAGAAGAUGAUAAUAAUUAAGAUUAUGAUGAGGAAGAAGAAGAAGAAUAAAAGGAGGAAGAAGAUGAUUAAUAUUAUUAAGAAGAAGAUGAUGAGGAUGACUAAGAUUAAAGUGAAAAUAACUAAGAUGACGAUUAAGAUAUUUAAUCUAUUCCAGAUUAAAAUGAUUGGUAAAAAGAUGAGGAAGAUGAUGAGUAUGAAGAUGACUAAGAAAACGAAUAUGAAUAGUAAGCUGCAGAGUAAUAUAGUAAAAACAAGUAUGAAUAGGAUGAAUAUGAAGAAUAAUCUUACGAAUAAUCUACUUCAACAGAUGUUUCCUCAUAAAAUAAAAGAGAUAUUAAGCAGAAAAUUUAGUAAAAGCUUUAAGCAAGACUAAAAAGACAAAAUGAACUUUAGACUCUUUUAGAUAUAAAAGUUUCAGAAUGCCAUAAAGUUCUUGGUGAAUAAAAGUUUAAUGUGAUUUUGCAGUUCUUUAAAGAUAAAUUAAAUUGUGAAAAAGAAUUAACAGACGAAGAUCAAGACGAAAUAGAUUAAAUGAUGCAAGAAAAUAUGAAAAAUAUUACUAAUAAUCAAGUAAUUCAAAAUUUCUACAAAAUUUUGCAUUUAGAUAUUGAGUUAGAAAAAUGUAAAACCGAUGUUAGAAGUAUUUAAGAAAAUAUACAAUAACUUUGA